CUUCCAUAUUAACUAGAUGCAAGAUUCAAAUUCGUUUGACGUUAUUCUUUUAGGAACAAAUUUAGUCAAUUCCAUAUUAUCUUCAGCCUGUUCAUGGGCAAACCUAAAAGUCCUUCAUAUAGAUGAGAAUCCGUUUUACGGAGAAGUUGAUGGUUCAUUUUCUUUAAGAGAUAUAAUUAAUAUCUCAGAAAAUGGAAAUUUAGAAGUGGGAAACCUCCGUAUAAAGCGCUCCGGAGAUGAUGCUCUCGCUUUACAAGAUGUCAAUAUAGAAGUUUUAGAGAAGGGUUUGCUACCGAGUUUUAAAGGCUUUACCAUUGAGCUUAUAUCGAAAGAAAUGUACGCUGGUGGAAGUUUAGUAGAAUUGCUCUCAAAAACUAAAAUAUAUAAAUAUCUACUAUUGAAGCCUCAAAGAAGCUUUCGACUUUAUACCUCAGACCAGGUAUGGACGAAAGUACCUGAGUCAAGAGCUGAUAUUUUUAAUGAUAAAACUCUACCGCUUACGCACAAACGAAUGAUCAUGCGCUUCAUGAAAUUUGUGUCCUCCGUUGAUGACAAUCAGAAUCAAGAAAAAUUGAAAGAAUGGCUUUCGAAGCCCUUUCAGGACUUCUUGAAAAAAAAUUUUGAGCUCCCCAGAACUAUACAAGAGGGUAUUGUAUAUGGAUUAUGUCAAUCCUUGGAUUCAAAUAUUUCCACCCAACAUGCUCUGGAAAAAAUCAAAAAGUACUAUCAAUCGUUCGGAACUUACGGUGAAUAUUCUUACUUGCUUGCCAUGUAUGGUACUGGGUCUGAAUUAUGCCAAGGAUUCUGUCGCUCAUCGGCUGUCAUGGGCAGUACAUUCAUGCUCGCUCAAAAAAUCAACAAGGUGGAAGCUACUUCUGUCGAACUAGGAGAAGGGGAAAGAGUGUGGGCCAACAAUGUUAUUACGUCGAGACCAAUGAAAAGCGCAUCUAAGUCAGGCAUAAACAUUCGUCAGCGAUGUAUAAUAGUACGUGGGAAAUGUCCUGGACUGUUUCACCAAAAUCUGUUUUUACUUUCUGAAGCCAGUCAGAUCCACUUUGUACCUUAUUCUCUAGGAGACAGAUUUUCCAAUAGCGUUCAAGUCAGAGCUUUAGGAGCUGGAACUGGUAAUUGUCCAGAGGGUUAUACUUUAUGGUAUUUGCAAACACUGGACUGUGAAGAAUACUUCGAAGUAUUUACUUUGGCAACUAACAAGCUCCUUGAACUUUCACAUUCAGAAGAUACAAAACCCUUGAUGUACGUUGAUGUAUUGAUUGACCAAAAUGAUUUGGCAGAUUACGAUGUUGCUGUUGAAAUAGCUAAGCAAUUGUAUGAAACAAUUACAGGUUCUACGGAUACCUUUUUUCAAAGAGAUACUAGUUUUGAUGACGACGACGAAUGAUGAUAACAUGAGUACCUUGAUGAAGUUUAAGAAAAACGGGUUGUAUAUAAGCUAAUAAUAUCCUGAUCAGUCAUUAAAACAAUACAUAUAAGACGCUAUACCUUCGCUAAAGAUUAUCUUAAAUAUGCUAAAAAUCGAAGAGAAGAGUGUCAAGUUGAAAUACUUUUAAAUAACUCGUAAAAAAAUGGAGGGCUAGGGAACAAAUGAAAUAGAAUUUUUUGAAAAUCCUUAUUUCAUUUUAAAUGGAUCAUCGGAGUCCAUAUCAACGUUUACUCGAGGACCAAUAUAAUUCUUUCUAGCACCAGACCACCAGUAUACAAG